AUGUUUUUCCUAUUCCCGCAGACUACAGCUGCCGACCGACGUCACGACGAAACCGAUUCGCCGGCGCCGUCGGACCCGUACCGGUCGUGGGACCACCGCCGGCGGCGAUCGGCGGACGGCCAUCGCAAUAACAAACCGACGGCCGCGGUGGCGCCAGAACCGAAACCAGACUAUUCGCCGGAACCCGAACGGCGGGCCAGCAACGGGUCGUCGACGGCGGGCGGACGUUCGAAAAAGGUGUACCAAAAGACGAGGUUUGCGGCGGAUGCGCGACCGGCGCCCGACAACGGCGGCAACGGUAAACAGGAGCGGAAGAAAUCGUUCGGCGAAUCGUUCCGGCGGCUGGUGGGCAAGUUCACGGGCGGGCACGGCAACAAGUCGGACGCCGAUCGGAAGAAAAACCGGAAGAAACCGGAAUCGUCCGAGCGACGGCACGCCGACAGCGGCGACGACGGCGACUACGGUUACGACGGCGACGACGGCGAGAACACCUACAGGAGUUACGACGGCGGCGUCAGGCCAGCCGCUGACCGCCAUCAACGGUUGUUCGGCAGCACGCAGACGUUGGACAGACACCGAGCUGGACGGACGGCCGACAACAAACGUAGCAAUAAGGCGCGCGACGACGACUACGACUACGACGAAGACGACAACGACGACGACAUUGACGGGUACAACGGGCACCGCGGUCAGCACGUCAGAGGACAAUCGCCGGUGAUGAACGGCGGUGGCAGGACCGGCAACGGAGUGCACAGAUACUAUUUGGGCGAAGAUCCGUUCGGAGGUAGCAUUUACGGCCGCGAGAGGGAAUACGACGGUGGAAAGCGCAGAUCGCACAAGAAGAACGGCGGCGGCACUUACGACUCACCGCAACACAAUCACCAAACUCAUUACGUCCAGAGGACUAUACCAGUGAACACGACCAGUACUACAUUGGGUCGAUUUAGUAAGUCCACGGGACGUCUGUUAGCUGACGAUAACAACAGUAACGUGUCGGAUAGAGCACAAACGUUGCCGAGAAAACUCCGAACGGAGAGCAAAAUAAAAAAGCAGGUGCACGCGUCCCGGGAGAACGAAUACGGCGGCGUUACUAACCGGUCGGCGGCCAACUCAGGAAGCAUGAUCAACGUGUCAUUCGCCAACGGGCCGACGAAACCGCAACGGACGUUCUCGAAACCGUCGUUGCUCCGGAGCCAGAGCUUCAACGUGCAACCGGAUCAGGGACACCUGCAGACGCGCCGGUCGGUGAGCACGUUGCACCGGCUAGAAGAGUCACCGCCGCCGCUCAAGAGCCCGAACAUCGUGAGCAUGUUGAGCAGGAGCACCAAGGACCUGUCGGUGGGCGCGGACGACGGGUACAGAUCGCUGUCCGGCAGUUGGGCCAGCCCGGGAGAGUUGAGCAACGGCGGCGGCACUGGCACUGCGUACCGGCGGGACGAUCCGAAGAAAAAGAUCUUCAUGAAGGGCCUGCUGGACCACGCGCCCGAGCUGUACAAGACGCUCAGCUACCAGGAGGACGCGACCACCGCCGGCCGGCGUUAUUCUCCCGUCAAAAUGGACAGGCCGUAUUCGAGCAGCGGCCACUCGUCGUCGCCGACCAUCAGGCACCGCGGAGGCGGCGAGGUGACCAACCGGAGCGUGACGCGCCGUGGCAGCAAGGACGAUUACACCGAGACGGUGCGGAUCACAUCCAAGUCUGACGAUCCUUACCGGCCAAGCGUCACCAACACGGUGCAGAACUUCACCAAGAAAAAGGUGCCCAGGGACGGCCGGGUGGAGACCAUCGAGUCGACCGAGACAAAGACCGUGACCAAGAGCCGGUACAACGGAGGCGACACCAUCAACGGGUACAAUAACGGUGUCGGCGGCGGCGGCGGCGGAGUGGUGAUCGAGGUUAGGAACGGCAGGAACUGAUUGUAAUAUCAAUACGGCGAAACCUCUAAAUACCGGACACCAUCGGUCGCUGACAAUUUAUGAGCAGUUCGGAGUUGUUCGCAAUUCAGAGGGCUCACUUUGGUCAUGUCUAUUCCCAAAAAAAAACUUCCACCACAAUGUUAGGAGAGGUUUCACUGAUGUAAAUGAUGAUUAUACAAUAUAUGAGGUCAGCCGUUUUUUAUUAAAUAUUGUCACCAUCGACACACCUUCGAUCGUUAUUAUAA